CUUAGUGAUAUUGCCUUUAACUGAGAGAAAGGCAGAUCAUGUUUGUGUCAUAUUUUUUACUAUUUCAUUAGGUUGUCUGAUAGUACAAACCAUUAUGAUCAUUUCCUUUAAUUAUUUUCUGCCUGGGUUAUAUGUGCGGUCUGUAUUUCAAAAUAAUACAAUAAUUCGAUAACUUGAAAAACUAUAAUUAUACUAAACAUGAUAUGCAAGCGUUGUCAUAACUUUAUAAAACAUUGUGACGACUUUAGAUGCACUCAGUGUGACUCCAAGAAUCAUCUGAAAUGUGGCCUUGAAGCCUGCAAGCCGGCAUCACAGAAACAUGGCAGUGGUGACCUCUGCUACCAGUGGCGAUGUGCAGCCUGUCAAAACCCUGUCGGCACUCCACCGGACAACUCCAGGACUCAGUUGUUGAAUGCAAUCCAUACCAUAUACGAUAAAUUCGAACUCAUAAAUAAAAUUCAACUUCCCAAGAUAAACAGCGACUUAACGGAGCUCAAAUCAACAACAGACAAAAUUUUCAAACAAAACGAAGAUAUUCUACAGAAAAUUAACAAAAUCGAUGUAGCUAUGAAGAAUAAUUUUCAAUCAUUAAACUCACCAAAAAAUUUCUUCAGACGGAAAGCAACCAAAUAUGCGCCAACAAAUAACUGCGAUAACAAAAAUUUUACUCCGGGUUUGAUAAGCGAUAGAACAGUUUAUAGGCCUCGAAGAAGAUCGUAUAUGUUAAAUAAAGUUUUUAAUAUACUUAACAGGAAACUACGGAGAAUAAACAAAUAAGCUUGGCAAGCAUUUUUUUACUUUUUAAAACUUUCUUAAGAACAUAGUUAUUCAUCAUUACCAUCCAACAUUCAUCAUGUUCACAGCACAAUUUUAUACACUCAAGCUCAGCACAUGGAAUGCAACAACUUCCAAAAUAAAUAAUGUUAAAGAACAUAAAUUUUCGACUUAUUUACUUAGUCUGAUCAAUCCGCUGGACCAAGGAACAUUGUUUUCUGUUCCGUAGUGUGAACGAAUAAAGUAAAAAUUUUGAUUCCUUUGGAAACCGAGUUACGGUUACAUAAUUCAAAACUGCUCAUAAAAUGAAUUGUCUAGUGAAUAAAAUAUACGGAAUAAAAUAUAUAUGUAUUGGCAAGACGCAAGAA